AUGGAUGACGGCCCUUUACGGAAAUCUGGAUUGGGCAGGACUGCCGUGAUGAGUCUGACGUCCAUUGUCUUGCUUGCGUCGCUGCUUGUCUAUCCUGUCCGCGCAGCGAUUCCAUACUCGCCGUCCCAUAUCCUCUAUACCUCCCAGCACAACGAUUCUUUUGCCUACUUACUGCGGCCCAGUGACUCGCAGCCGCCUGCCACACAGUUUCUUUCGUUGAAUGUCUCAGGAAAGGUCGACGCAGCCAGCCCGGAAUACACAGUUCUUCUAGAUGAGCUGCCGUUCCCCACAGACAACCAGUCCUCUGCCUUUGUUCCGGCUAUUGAUCAACAUGGUCACAUCAAGGUCUAUGUAGGGGACUGCGGCCAAAGAAACGCGCAAAGAAGCCUUUGGGUGUUUACGCCAAAUGACAACAACUCGAGCGGCAAUGGAACGUGGGAAGAGCGCAAUUUGGAUUUAGGGCAAGGGGACCUAGUAGUCAACAGCUACGGACCCAACUAUCUGUCUGCCGCGUUCGCCUGGUCGUCUUCUAAUAUGACGGAGAGCUCGCUGUACGCCUUCGGUGGCAUGUGUCCGUUCAACACGAGAUCGAAAGCAACCUGGAUCUAUGCCGCCAACUAUUCUCAGUCCAUGAUCGUCUUGAGUCCUCCGACCACUGACCGUAUCUCUUCGUAUCGAAUAUCAACCGCCGGCCUGCGCGCACCACCUAUCCCGGAGGCGGGGUUCACAAUCACUCCAUUGCAUCCCACCUACGCAUUGUCUCCUUUAGGUCGAACACUACAGCAACAGAACUUUCUCCUCAUCGGGGGUCACACGCAGAAAGCCUUCAUCAACAUGUCUGAGCUUGCCAUCUAUUCCCUUCCGCAGGACAGCUGGAGCUUCGUCAAAGUCGAGUCAGGGUCGGAUAUGGGGAAAACUGAGCUUGCUGUUCGAGAUUCAGCAUUCGUGGAGCCGAGAUCGGGGCAUACGGCCGUUCUCUCGCCGGACGGUAGCAAGGUCAUCGUCUACGGCGGGUGGGUAGGCAGUACCAGUCGACCUGCUGAGCCGCAACUAGCUAUCUUGGAGAUGGGAGAAGAGUUUGGAGGCUCUGGCUCAUGGCGUUGGGUAGUCCCAUCUAACCAAGGAAGCGGGCUCGCAGACGGAGCCGGGAUCUAUGGUCAUGGUGCAGCAAUGCUUCCUGGCGGCGUGAUGAUGAUCGCCGGCGGGUACAGCACUGCCACAACAACGAAGCGGUCGGCAGUAGGGCCUCAGCCUAACUCCCAAGUCUUUCUAUACAAUGUUACGUCGGGAAGCUGGAUGACUUCAUACAAAAACCCAAGCCUGCCGGAACCGGAACCCGUACGAGCCUCUGGUGGCUCCACGUCUUCAGUGUCGAAGGUAGGGCUUGGUGCAGGACUCGGACUGGGAAUUCCGUCAGCAGCAGGUUUGGCUGUGUUUGCUUGGUUCUACUGGCGGAGGCGCCGUGUGCGGCGGACUCGGGAUCGCGAACUGCGCAAGCUCGCUCUCAGUGCACAAAGGGCACACUACUGGGGCAGGGACGAGCCCGAAAUGGCGAGCAGCAUCCGCAUGCCCAAGACCAGAGACCAGAAUAAGUCGAUCUCCUGGACUACUGCUCCAAGUGGGAACGGGCAGGACAGAAGCGAAGUUGCUGCGGAGAGCACCAGCUUGCUUCGUGACAUCCCGACUCCCGACAGAAAUAGCCAACAAAGCUUGGGAACGCGCCCUUACCGGUAUUCAGCGCCAUACAGCGAGUACAGGAGAAGCGAGGCUACAGGUGAAAUACAUCCAAUCGACGAACGCGACGAGGAGGAAACGAGUUCUCGAGCGUUCGGCGACCCCGACACUGCCGCGGCCUCUGAACCUUUCUUGGGCGCUGAAUUCGUUACUCCGCGCAGUACGAUGUCGAGUCCAGUUGGAAUUUCAUUCCGAACUGUUAGAGCUGUACCCGCGGAAGAUUCACUCCGAGACGGGCUUUUGCCCUCGGACCAGGACGAGCGCACUUCGUCGAAUCUCUCGGACUCUUCAGCUAGAUCUGGGAGUAGUGCUCCUCGCCUCCAGGCGUCACUUCGUAGCCCUACAAGUUUGCUAGAUAAUGGACGCAAUUCGCCAGAAGUGCCACCCUCGACGUCCACUCAUGGGACAGGACUGUCCAGAGAGAAGCGCUACUCCUCGGACUCCUACUCUACCGCGCAUACAACCCUUUCGCUGCGAUGGGCCGAGGGAGAACACCUUUUGAAAAAUGAUCCUGGGCCAGACGUUCCAAUCGAGCAAAGCUCCACGCCGGGGCGACCACCGCUGACUCCAAAGGCGCGGACGUUUGGCUGGAUGGGCAGCGUGCGUCGCGUUCUUUCCGGAACACAGAGGCGUGUUACAGCAAUACGAGACUCGACGACAGCCUCUCUGGCGUCGGGCAUCGAUCGGAGGAGUACAGUCCUCGGAGCCAGGACGGUGGAUGGUGCACAAGAUGAGUCGAAGGUCCCGCGACGAGCCGUGAGUGCCUCGGCUGAGCUCUUCAGACGAAAACAGGGCGCCAGAGACUGGGGAGCAAGCAAUCGAUGCUCCCGGGAUACGGGGCUUCAGACCAUCAGGUCCUCCCGAGAUGACUCGGCGUUGGACGGGCUGAUGGACGUGGACGAUGACGACUGGGACGUCGAGGGCGCAGCCGAGGGCAGACGGGUCCAAAUCACAUUCACCGUUCCUAAGGAGAGAUUGAGAGUGGUUAACGCUACCGCCCAAGACUUGGACAACAUGUCUGAGAGAUCUAUCAGUCGAAGUAACACCGGAGCAUGA